ACAAUUGACUCCGUCAACCCAUGCAUUUCUAUUUCUUGUGAACAUUUAUUGAACGCGUUUGUCUACAUACAGCUGUGGAAACCACGCUCUCUCUCCUAAUCCUAGCUCUAUCUUUCUCUGAUCUCUGGCUCUCUCUGUUGAUGGCAAGAGGAAUGGCGGCCUUCCCUACUGGACUCAGGGUCCUUAUAAGUACUGUUCUGGUCUUAAUCCUUGUUCCUCCAGCUUCUAGUCUUAAGAAUAAUCAUCACUACUGUCCUUCUUCCUGUGGCAAUAUCCCCAACAUCAGCUAUCCGUUUCGACUUAAAGGCGAUCCACCAAAUUGCAGAGACCAAAGGUAUGAGCUCUCAUGCGAUGAGAACAACAACACGUUGUUCUUUACAUGGUGGUAGUAAAUACUACGUAAGCCAAAUCAAUUACAACAACUACACAAUCCGAAUUGUAGACUCAGGUAUUCAGGAGGAUAAUUACUCUUUCAUCCCUCGUUAUUUUCUAAACCAUGAUACUUUGGGGCUGCCGGACUGGGAUUCAUAUCCACCAUAUGGGAGUAGUAGUAACAAUUUAACAACGCUAACACUAUCAGAAGUUGUGGCUAUUGUGAACUGUGAAAAGCCAGUGACUUCAGCUUCCCCUUUCCAUUUGAAAACGACUUCUACGAAUUGUUCUUAUAUCAAUAAGGGAUAUGGGUCUUCUUCCAACUCAUCUUUUUCUCAAGAUUCCAAACGGUACUUAUAUCUUAUUGUUGGCUAUGGAGCGAAUGUGAGGGAUGUGGAGGAGUCAUGCACGAUAGAGCAAAUCUCUCUGACAUCGUGGCCAGGACAAAUUUAUGCUGAUCCUAAUAUUUCCUGUAUAGACAUCCGCAAUUUAUUCUCAAAUGGUUUUGAGGUUUCAUGGUAUGGGAUUUAUUGUGGAAUCUGCGGAUCAUACGAUAAUUGCUACAUACAUGAGUACGAUAAUCAAGUUUCUUGCUACAGAUGGGGAAAUAUAAAUACUUGGGUUACUUUCUUACGAGAACUGGUCGCACAUUAAUGAAGAAAAGAACAACCCAGGUGUAUGAAGAAAGUUCUUAAAGAAGAUAACACAAAAUAAUACUCUCUGUUUUUCUCAUUAUCUACAGUACAUGGAGUGACUAUAUUUAUAGGCGUAAAACAGAUUGUACCCACACUAUGUGCCAGCGCAUAUUCUGUUACACAGAUCUCUUCUUAGGUAUCUUU